CUCUCAUCGAUUGCAGCCGGCACUGCAUCAACAAUUGUCACCAACCCCAUCUGGACAGUCAAGGUUCGCCUUAUGUCGCAGGCCUACCGACCAUGUAGAAGUCGACUGUUCCGCAAAAAACGUAUAUAUCGGCCACACUGGCAUUAUCACUCGACGCUUGAUGCCGCAUACAAGAUGUACACGACUGAGGGCGUGGGGGCCUUCUAUUCCGGGCUCGGAGCUGCUUUACUGGGCCUCUCGCACGUGGCGGUCCAAUUCCCUACCUAUGAAUACCUCAAGACAAAGUUCACGGGAAAGGGAAUGGGUGCUUCGCGAGAUGAUGAAGCAGAGUGGGUGAGCAUCCUUUCCGCCUCAGUCCUGUCCAAGAUCGCAGCCAGUGGUGUCACAUAUCCCCAUGAGGUCAUUCGCACCAGACUGCAGACCCAAAGACGGCCAGUUCCCGGAGCUGAGUUUCUUGAAGGGCUUGGUGGCUUUACCAGGCUUCGGGGUGAAGGCCUCAGCGGCAUGGUGCUGCAGGCCAAGUAUCGGGGCAUCGUCGAUACGUUUCACACGAUACUCCGUGAAGAGGGUUGGAGGGCGCUUUAUAAUGGUAUGGGGGUUAAUAUGGCGCGGAGUGUUCCUGCGGCCACGGUCACGAUGAUGAGUUACGAAUAUGUCAUGAGCUCACUGCUACGAAUAAAGGACGACGCGAAUGAUGGGUUGGAUGAGGCGUUGUAG